AUGCAUGACGAAAUAAUUUAUCAUUUGGAAAAUUCUGAACAAUUUUGGAUUGAAUUGGAUGAUAUCUUAGCCCAAGGUCAGCAAAAUCAAGAUACAGCAAAAAGGGCGAUAGAUGCAUACGUCAAUUUUGUCUCAAAAUUUCAAGAUGAAUACUUGGAAACAGAUUCGCAACUAGCCCAGUGUUUCUAUAAUCUUCUGAGUUCGCCAAUGUAUAAAACAUUUCCUAACUUAAUAAUUGAACGUAUGAUACAUCAUGCAACAACAUGCAACGAAUUGAAAGAAUUAUGGGUGAUCUUUAAUAUUUUGUAUCUUGCGGGGAAGAGUAAUCUAGCAGUAUUUAAAUUAAUGGUUCGUCCACAAGAGCAUGAUUUCAUUUUGAAGUUGAAGGAACAUAUUUGUGAUCUAGAGAAAGAACGUAGAGUGCAGCAAAUUGCUGUGAAUCUAAUGUUUGAAAUUUGUCGCGGUCAGCGUAUAUCACAAAAUAUACUAAGUAUUUUUAAUGAUAAAUUUUUCGACUAUCUCCUUAAUCUGGUAGAGAAUACAAGAGAUGAAGAGGAUGAGACUUUUAAUUAUUCGAUUAUUCAUUUAAUGGUAAGUAUUAGCUCUCCAGAAAAGAUUUAUUUCGAUUUUCUGACAUAA